UGGUGCAGAACAGGUUGUGAGGAGAUUGUGAGGCAGCCGGACCAGGACUGGAACUGGGAGACUUCACUGUAACAGUGUUUGUGCAAUCUGAUCACAUCCCCGGGACUCAGAGGAACAGCCGGCCCGUCUCUCACUCCCAGUGUGUCGCACACAAGCAGCGCAGGGAGUUGCUACCAAUAAACUGCUGCUUUUAUGGAAUUCUUCUGAGGGCACGUAAGUGCGUCUAUACCAGGGACACAGUGGAUCUAGAGCAAGAUGUCGGGUGCAGCAGAGAGCAGGGACUCGGAGAAUAACUGGGUGAUCACUAAUAAUGAGGGUCUCCCAGUAGAGACUUUAGGAGCCUCCCAAACGGCCGCCCAUCAAGUCCAACCAGAGGAGGAGUCCGCAGCCUCUGAUACUGGCAGAGACCAGGGAGCCACACAGACAGAUGGGUCGGCUGUUUCCAGAGUCAGCGAGGAGACCCUUCCUCCACCAUCUCAGCCUGCUGCCACCCCCACCAAAGAGGAGCAGUUGUUCAUCCCCCCCGAGGUGCCUGAAAUAUCUGCCCCCGAGCUGGAACCGCUUCACCCGAAGCUCAGCUUAGAACUGCCAAGGACAGCGGAGAGUUUCCUUGCCAAGCUCAGCCAUUACAUCCCUGCCAGCUGGGGAGGAUUGAGGAGCUGGGGGCGGCACUCGGAUUGUGGAGCAGAUGAGGAGCUGGAGGAGGUGAGCUGCUCGAGCAGUGAGGAAGAUGUGGAGGGGCUCAGGAAACGUGCAGUGCGGGGGGCUGCGCCAGUCAACGUUGGUCCUACUUUUGCCAGAGAGACCCCAGAGCAAGAGACAGACAUGACACUCAGCUUGACUCUCAACAAGUGCAUCAUUGCUGCUGUGGCACUCAUAGCCCUCGGAUUCCUGCUCUUCUCAGGCAGUGGAAUGAUGACAGAGGAAGACCCCUAUGAGAAUGUGCAUUUGCGCAGUGUGAGUGGAGGGGAUGCACAGUCUAUUGUAGCCAUACAGGAGUGGAUGAAGCAACACGCAGGGGAUUUCACUGGGGAUCCUGGGAAUUUACAAGUGAUGAGCAGCCUUCUGGACAAAGUGGCCAAGGAAAACCAGGAAAUCCGACUUCUGCAGGCCACACUACAGGCCCAGAAAGAGGAACUGGAAGUGAUGUUAAAUGUCAGCGAAGGGGAAACAACAACUGCUGCUCCUCCGCAUCACGACUUGAAGCAAGAGAAUGUGAGACUGAAGGAGGCGCUGCUGAAGGAAGAGACAGCACACCUCUCUGCCCAAGAGGAACUGCAGGCCCUGAAAGAGAAAGUGGAGGCCAUGGAAGGGAGCAAGGUGGGGAAGGAGGCUCUCACCUCAGAGAACACAAAGCUGAAAGCAGACCUGGACUCCUCCCAACAUCAGAUUGUAGGCUUUCUCUCCCAGAAGGAAACUCUUGUGGCCGAGUCACAGAUGCUUCGCCAGGAGCUGGACAAGCAGAGACUCUUAGUGGCCUCCAUCAGGCGAGACCUGGAGAAUCUUAAUACACAGCUAGCAGAACCUGAGGAUGAGCAGCAACUGCAUGCAAAGAUCUCCGACAUGAGCAGCCGCCUGGCCCUGGAGGUUCAAAGAUCAGAAACAUGGGAGAAGAAGUAUGAUGAGCAUGCCCAGAAGAGGAAGCAACAAAUCAAAGAUGAGAGGAGAGACCAUAGCCAUAAAGAGUGGAAAAAGGGGGGGAAAUUACGGAGACCCGAGACUCCCUCUUCCAAUGGGGAGUUCAUCAAACCCGCACAUGGCUCUAAACACUGGAGGGAUCAGGGUAAGGAGUCUCAGCAUGAAGAAUGGAAAAGAAAGAAGUAUGAACAGCAAGAGGAUAGGAGGGAGGAGCAGAAAUACCGGCCCUGGGAGAGAGAGCAGAGGGGCAAAGAGAGAGACCCAAAACGGCACCAGUACGAGACCUCUGAGAGGGACUGGAAGGAAAAGCAUCACCAGCAUCAUGAAGAGACAGGGGGCAAUUUCCACCCUCGCAAAGGACAGAGAGACUUCAAGAGCCAGAAGGAGGAGGAGAAGAACAGCCAACGGAAAGGGCAAGAAGGCCAAGCACAUGGGAAGGACUCUCAUCACCGACACCAUGACCACAACAAAUUCUGGAAGAAACUGUCGGAUCACCAGUACCGCAUCCCUGAAGGCUGCUCCGGAGUGGAAGAGUGCGCCAGGAAGGACGGCAUGGAUCUGUUUAACGUGGAACUGAAACCAGUUCAAAGGAAGCAACUGGAAGAUAUUCUUCACAAUUACCUGGCCAAAGUGGAGCUCUCCAAGACCCUCCCAGAGCUCCUUCCACUUCUGGACGGCUUCUUCGAUGGGCCUGUCUUCUCACACCACAAGAUCCGCUUCCGGGACUUUGUAGACGACAUGGAAGACUUCCUGGAGGAUUUAGCGAAGAGGGAGACUGGGGACGACGAUAUCGUAGAUGACUUUGAGAAAUACGUCUACACCAGCUUCUUUGGAGAUGCCGCUAUCAGCAAGAAGAGAUUGGCUGCCAAAGUUCACAAGAAGAACUACCCCGAAGCUAAAAAUUACCCCAAACCCCACAAUCAAGGGCAGGAGAGACGAAAUGGGGAACACAAACAGAGGCCGCCAAAAUCAACGUAUCCCGAGGGGGAGGCCCAUGCCCACCAUAACCAUAAGUUCCACAAAGACAAAGGCCAUGGAGAGCAAUACCAGAAUGAUAAAUACAAAGCAGACAAAGCUCGUUACAAGGAGAGUGAGGAAUCGAAUUACUCUCAUGGGUACAAAGGCCACGGGGCAUCCUCUGACGAGGGGCAGUUUCACAAGCACAAACCCCACUAUGAGAAGCAAGUGAACCCCGAUUAUCAGUACAAGCACAAGGAUUAUCAGCAUGGGGAGGAGUGGCAGCAUGAGCAUGGCAAGAAGUACGGCAAAGAGAAGUACCCACAGGGGGAUAGGCUGGCGCGGGGGCAGGGCAAAGACUAUGCCCAUAAAGACCAACACAAACAGUACCACCAGCCCCACUAUGAGAAGCACGGGGAGCAGGACCACCAACACCCCCAAAGCCAUAAGCCUUGGAAAGAACACGGCCCCCCUGCUCCGUACUACAGCAAGGAGGAAUGGUCCGGCCACAGGCACGAGGAUCCUACACGGAGCCCGAAGUGGGCAAAGGAUGGUCAGUACCACGACCAGCACCACCACAAGGAGAAGCACCACCAUAACUGGAAGGAGGAGAAGAAGUACGACAGGGAGAGAUAAAGAACUGGCAGCUGAUUAAAGGGCAAGCUGUACCUUGUAAUGGUGCCCUGUAUAUUGCACUGAGUAACCCUGUUCUUACCUCUCUCUGUCCCCGAUAGGGAAGUUUGUAUUUUAUAUAAAGAGAAUAGUCACACUGACCUUACUAUUCACAUGUGGAGCACCGUCUGCCUUAACCCCUUGUGCCUUGUAACUCAUGCACCACUCCUCAUGUGCACAGGGAGUAACACACUUCUCCCACCAGUAAUACAGCUGGGAUGGUGGAUGGAGUCCAGCUGCAUCCCCACAAUGUGCUUUUGUUAUAAAUCCUAUUAGGUGGGACCCCCUGUGUGUGAGACGAUGCCUUGUCCCUUUACCCAAAAACCUCUAGUCUCUCACCAGUGCCUUUAUAUUUGUAUUGAGCUUCCCAGAAUCAGCUGUGCCUUUGUACUCAUGAUGGUGUCCCCCGGCCUGACCUCUGUCUCAUGUGUAAUGUUCUGUCCCCUGGCAUGAGGUGAGACGGCCAUUGCUUAUCUGUCCCACCAUGUUCUGUAGGGCCACAGUACCCAGUGUCUCCAGCCAGAGAAUAGACAUUUUGUUCCAGUCAGCUCUAGAUUAGAAAUAACUGCUGUGGUCCCUACGCACAGUCUGAUGAGCAGCAGCAGGGGCCACUCACUCCAUGUAAUGUGUGCAUUUGUAUUCUACUUAUAAUAUAUAUAUACAGGCCCUGUGCCCCCUCCUAUAUACAGGCCUUGUGCCCCCUCCUAUAUACAGGCCCUGCGCCCCCUCCUAUAUACAGGCCCUGCGCCCCCUCCUAUAUACAGGCCCUGCGCCCCCUCCUAUAUACAGGCCCUGCGCCCCCUCCUAUAUACAGGCCCUGCGCCCCCUCCUAUAUACAGGCCCUGCGCCCCCUCCUAUAUACAGGCCUUGCGCCCCCUCCUAUAUACAGGCCUUGCGCCCCUCCUAUAUACAGGCCCUGCGCCCCCUCCUAUAUACAGGCCCUGCGCCCCCUCCUAUAUACAGGCCCUGCGCCCCCUCCUAUAUACAGGCCCUGCGCCCCCUCCUAUAUACAGGCCCUGCGCCCCCUCCUAUAUACAGGCCUUGCGCCCCCUCCUAUAUACAGGCCUUGCGCCCCCUCCUAUAUACAGGCCCUGUGCCCCCUCCUAUAUACAGGCCCUGCGCCCCCUCCUAUAUACAGGCCCUGCGCCCCCUCCUAUAUACAGGCCCUGCGCCCCCUCCUAUAUACAGGCCUUGCGCCCCCUCCUAUAUACAGGCCCUGUGCCCCCUCCUAUAUACAGGCCCUGUGCCCCCUCCUAUAUACAGGCCUUGCGCCCCCUCCUAUAUACAGGCCCUGCGCCCCCUCCUAUAUACAGGCCCUGUGCCCCUCCUAUAUACAGGCCUUGUGCCCCCUCCUAUAUACAGGCCCUGUGCCCCCUCCUAUAUACAGGCCCUGCGCCCCCUCCUAUAUACAGGCCCUGCGCCCCUCCUAUAUACAGGCCCUGUGCCCCCUCCUAUAUACAGGCCCUGUGCCCCCUCCUAUAUACAGGCCCUGUGCCCCCUCCUAUAUACAGGCCCUGUGCCCCCUCCUAUAUACAGGACACUGGAUUAGGGGCAUCUCUUUCUGAGUGUUGUAUUGUUCUUUAGUUUUAUUUAACCCCCAGUUAGGCCGCUGGGCUAAUGCACUGUCAGGGCAAAUAAUAAAGUAGAGAGGAAUUGUGUGUGGA